CACAACUUGCUGUUCUCUAUCAAGGAGCUGACAGGUGCAUUCAAAAGUUUAGUAUUAGUAAUUUAUUAUUGGGACACCCAACCACUCCUACAAUAUUGAAAAUAGAAGAGAAUAUGGAGUUGGUCUUCUCUUUCUGGCAAUAAAUGCUUCCACUGUUCUGGAGUGUGCCUGUGGGAAUUCCUAUACAUUUAGAGAAGAAAAUUCAUUAGGUUAGAGGUCACUGAUGCUGGACCCCGAGAGAGGGCCUAAUUAUUUGCGUUGUAAUUAUUCUCAAAGGUAUUGUUUCCCUUGAGAAACGUCUGUCAAAAACAGAGGGAACAGUCGUACAGAAGGCAUGCGAUACAAUUUUGAUAAUGAAAAUGUUUCUAGUUGAAAGAUGGUGGGCUAACGUUGAAAUGAACUUUAAGCCGCACUAAUGUUUCUCUGCUUUGCCUCCAUCUGCUUGCUCACUGUGCCUGUCUGGUAUGGUCUUCAAAACUAAUCCUCAUCUGCAUUCAGACAACAAUGAGAAGCCAAAAUAUCCACCCAGUCCGUUUGGUAAAUUAAUAGGUGAUGUACUCAACAGUUAACACAAUGUACCAGUUACAAUAUGCUGAUUGACUUUGGUGUAUGUUUAGGUAAUUUUUAAAAUGGAAGAGUAUCCGUGAGUACUGUAGUAGUGCUACAUACUGUACUGUACAGUAAGUACUGUUAUUUGGACAAGCUUCCUCCCACAUUCCAAAAACAUGUCUGCUAGGUUAAUCAAAGACACUAAAUUGCCCACAGAUGUGAUCGUGAGUCUGAAUGGCAUGAAGAACACGUCUCUUUAAAUCUUUAAAUAACCAACACUCUUUUAAGGAUACCGCUUCACUUGUCUGUCUCUCCUCUCUUAGCUGUUGUGACAGAUUUGUAAUAACACCGGUGUUAUGCUGAAGAAAAGCUUGUUUGGCAAAGCCAAGCAGCCAAUUGCCAUCCAUGUUCUGCGCUGUCAGGCGGACCUCAACCUACGCACUUUGUGUUCCUGCCAAUUUCUCUGGUGAGGUCAAGUUGCAAAUCUCUCCAAGUAAUAAAAAGUAAAAAAAUAAAAUAAAAUAAAAAAACAGCAACAAUGAGCUAAUGUAGAAAAAAGACACACACAAACAAGCUCAUACAGUUUCUGGCGUGACUGACAAUAAGUUCAUUCAAACCAGCACCUCUGGAUGGGUUGUCAAGCUAAAAAAUGAGUCAAAAAUAAAUAUGAUUUAUUUAUUUCAAAUCAGCACAUAUUUAAGUCUGACCGUUAAACUUGUGUCAGAGCCGUGUCAUUGCAGAGCAAUGCAGUAGCUCAUGAUGAAAAUGUUGCAUGUAGUUAUAUUUACAUGGGAACAGCUUAGCUGUUCAUUGGUAAGCUGAGGUCAGACAGUCAUUCCUGCAAACACAAUACAGUACCAUUUAAAUCAUUGCGGUUGUUCCAUAGAAUGCUGCAGUGGAACCGCACGACGUACCACUCUGGGAAAGAAAAAGACCAUUUUGAAUCUUGGAUGUCAUGCAUGUGUGACAUCAGAAAAUCUUGCAAGAAUUUAGCUCUGUGAGCAUCUUAAAGCAUUUUUGAUCGACCAUGAUGCCCCCCCCCCCCCCCCCCCCCCCCGAUCUGAGGGGUAGGGGUGCAAUUUGAUAGAAACAUCUGAAACUGGAUUUUAAAUUGUAUUAUGACCUUUAAUUACUCUUUGAUGCAAAUAUCACUUGUAACUUUAAAAACAAAACAGCAUACUUAUGCAGUAGCUUCUUGGCAUAACACAACAGCAUUAUAUUUAUUUUGUCCAGAAAUAUGUAACAACAUUUUAUGAAGUAGUUUUCAGAACUAUAUAACAAAAUGGAAUUGUUAUGCAGCAUCUUCCGAAUAUUAUUGAACAAAACAGACUUUUUUACAUAGUAGAUUUCAGAAAUAAGUAACAGAACAUAAUUUAUUUGUAAUAGAUGUCAGAAAUAUGUAAGAAAACAGAUUUUUCAUGCAGUAGCCUCUCGACAUGUGUAACCAAACAACAAAAACAAACAAACAAGUAUGAACUCUCAAUAAAUAUAUACUAAAGUCCCCUCUGUAGUUUAGGUAGAUAAAGAUCUUGGUCACAUUUGAAUGAAAUAAUCCUAUUUCUAAAAAUGUCAUGGGAUCUUUUUAAAAAUAUUUUUUAUUUUCACUGACCCCUUAGAAUUGCACCAAGGACCACUAGGAGUCCACGGACCACUGCUUGAGAAACACUGCACGACACACACAGAGGGAAAUAUUUAAUGAUUUUCCUUUUUAAUAUAUGAACAUAGCUUACAGGAAACGAAAAAGCCAAAUUUGCCCCCUCUCGAAACUAGAAUAUUACUUAACAAACAGUCAAUAAACAGUGGAUAUGAUUUUGGAAGAAGGCGGCACGAUGCCGACUGGUUAGCACAUCCGCCUCAGAGUUCUGAGGACCGGGGUUCAAAUCCCGCCCCCGCCUGUGUGGAGUUUGCAUGUUCUCCCCGUGCCUGCGUGGGUUUUCUCCGGGCACUCCGGUUUCCUCCCACAUCCCAAAAACAUGCAGGGUAGGUUUAAUUGAAGACUCUAAAUUGCCUGUAGGUGUGAAUGUGAGUGCGAAUGGUUGUUUGUUUAUUAUGUGCCCUGCGAUUGGCUGGCGACCAAUUCAGGGUGUACCCCACCUCUCCCCCGAAGAUAGCUGGGAUAGGCUCCAGCACGCCCGCCGCCCUAGCGAGGAUAAGCGGAACGGAAGAUGAAUGGUUGUCCGUGUCUAUAUGUGCCCUGCGUCUGACUGGCGACCAGCUCAGGGUGCAGUCCGCCUUUCGACCCUAACCAGGAUAAGUGGUGUUGAAAAUGGAUGGACAUUGCAAGCUACAUUGCUCUCCUUGUGUUUACAUGGAAACUGAUGGUACUUAAACAGAGUGUUUGUGCCUUUUUACUCUCUCUCUUGUAUACACUUCUCAGUCCCGUUUUAAAUGUCUCCAGCGAGUGCCAUUCCCCUGCAAGGCAAGAUCACACACAGAUGGGUGCACACACACACACACACACACACACACACACAUUGGCUUUACAAGUGUCAUGGCUUCAAUUGCAAGGAGCUGGCAUCCACUGAAGGAAAAAGCAAUAAGUCCUGCGUAUGAAGUGAAUCCAUGGUUACAACAUUCUACUUUGUGAAGUGUUGUGAAUGACACGGUGACAACUUGUGUGUUAACCAUCAACAUAUGCAAUCUGAUCCUCCACAAUGUCAGUGGAGCCGCGCCACAGUCCUCACACCCUUAGUGUGUUCCUCUUGCACUCGAGUUGUAAUAGUUUUUCUAACCAAUAACUGGUAGGUAACAUACAUCUAUUUGUUAUGUAUAUUUGUGCACUAAUUUUUGUUCUAGUAGUGUGUGGAGGUUGUAGUUUGGUUUACUUCUCCAUUGUAGGCUACAUACGAUGUACGUCAUCUCAAAACAUUUUUAACGACUUAGUAAAUAUUCUGAUCUCUCCAAGGUGCACUCAGCACUUCUCACAUUGGAAAUAAAACUACACACUGAAGGUGAACGCUCAGCCCCUUUAUGUACACUGUAAUUUUAAAGCAGAUGUUAAACUACUACUUAAGGGGUAACCGCAAAUGACUUUGGAGGAGGUGGUACUUGGGAUGAAUAUACAUUGAGAUGACAGGUCACUCAGCAGUUGGUUUCAGUUUCGGCGGUAUAAACAAUCACUCUGGUGUCAGGCUCUCUUUUCAGUCGUGAUGAGGGGCACAUUCGUUGCUUACACCUAGGGAUGUUUUUUUUUUUUUUUAGUUCAGUGUGUAUUAUCUAAGAAAUACAUAAUCAGUAACCUGAAUGACACAGAGGUGUCUAAUCAGUCAAGUGUGGAUGGAAGACAACUUGUACAAAAGAAAUAGUGGGUAUUUUUUCUUCCCUAUCUUUAAAACUGACAUGAUUCGCUGACAAACAGUGUUUAGACUAUUUCUCUAUUUGUACAGAUCUGCCCGUGACAUUGAAUUUUUGUCGUAAGUGUGUAUCCAUGUGUGUUUACAUGUGUUUAUAGAAGGAACAAAAAUACUUGCACUCUGUUUAAUUGUGAUGACGUACAUUCUUCUCUGCGGGACAAGCCCCUUUUAAUGUUUAUGGUCUGUAAGCAGACUGUGAGGCAGACGCUCUAACCAGUCAUCCACCGUGACGCCACACAAUAUUAAGCCUUAUAAAACAGGUUUGCCGUGAUGGGCGCAACAUUAAGCAUGAUAAAGCAGGUAUGCCACGGCAGGCAAUGGGUAAAUUCAACAUAUGGCUUAGCCUUAGAAGAGUUGAGGCGGCGUGUGGGCAUUUUUCAAUAUGCAAUAGUGUCCUUCCACUCGCAUUUUCACUUCACAUCCCUCGAAGUCCAGCUGAACCAAUCGGGCCUUUAUUUGGGCUUAUUAUUAUUAUUAUUAUUAUUAUUUAUUAUAAUGAAAUGUACAAAAGCCUUUUUUGCAAUGACAGCUUUAAGACGCCUCCUGUAUGGAGAAACUAGUCGCAUGCAUUGGUCUGGUGUGAUUUUGGCCCAUUCUUCCACACAAACAGUCUUCAAAUCUUCAAGGUUGCAUGAGCUUCUUUUAUUGACCUUGAGUUUCAGUUCUUGCCAUAGAUUUUUGAUUGGGUCAGGUGGUGAUUGGCUGGGCCAUUCUAGCAGCGUGACUUUUUUUUCUUUGAAAACAAUUGGGAGUUUGCUUGGCAGUAUGUUUUGGAUUAUUAUCCUGACGAAAAGUCCAUCGUUUCAUUUUCAUCAUCCUCGUAGAUGGCAGCAGAUCUUUGUCAAGAAUGUCUCGGUACAUUUGCCCAUUCAUCCUUCCUUCAGUAAUGUGAAGUUUACCAGUACCAUUUGAUGAAAAGCAGCCCCAACACUAUCAUGUUCCCACCUCCGAACUUCACUGUUGGUAUGGUGUUUUUAGGGUGAUGUGAAGUGCCAUUUUUCCUCCAAACGUGGUGUGUAUUAUGGCAUGCAAACAGUUAAAUUUAGCUCUCAUCCGUCCAGACUAUAUUCUCCCAGUAUUUAACUGGCUUGUCCAAAUGUUGCGCAGCAAACUUUAAACAAGCUUAAACUUUUUUUUUUCCAGCAAUGGGGUCUUGCGUGGUGAUCGUGCAUACAGGCCAUGGUGGUGGAGUACAAUACUCACUGUCAUGUGAAUUAUAAGAACAAAAUGGGGGGAAAAAGUGUGCUGGUGGUCACCGGUGCUCGGGAGAGGACUUUCAUUCAAGGAUUACUUGAGACAUUGCUUGGCGGUGACAUACAGCUGAGGUCCGGAGACGUCACACCAAAAGCUUGAUCAAGAUGGGAGAAGAGGUAGAAGAGCAGGAUGAAAAACGUCUUCCCUCCCACCCCCCGCCGCCCCCGCCGCACAUUGAGCCAUUGCAUAUGUGGACGCACGUUUGAUGCUACACAAACAAAUGACUCCAAGUGUAUAUCAAGUGUGAGACUCACAUGUAGGAAAAAGAACCCCUGAUGACUGAAGAAGCAAAUACUUGAAGACCUCUGAACUCCUCCGAAGACUCAUCCACACCUGAAGAGCAGAGUUCUCUGGAGAAGAGGAAGCUCAGGGCAGCACCGUUGGAGACAUUAACCAGAUCAGACCUUAGGCCCUAUCCCUCACCUUGCACCUUCUGUCCGUCAGCCCCCUCCCCUCCAGCCAAUCCCUUAAAAAAUUGAAGAUACACAUUAACCUCCAGACUGAAAGAUCCUCACCAGAAGCAACAGCUGACCUAAUGGAAGGAACAACCCUGGCCGAGAUGGGAGACCUGUGUCGUGCUCGCGCCUCCAGCCCAGAGGGGGAGACGGUGUGUGAGGCUCUGGCCCGUCAUGAGAGCACUCUGAGGGAGGCCAUCAGGGAGAUCCACAUGGAUAUCAGUGCCUUUAAGUUAGGCAUGGAACAUCGCCUGGAGGAUGCAGUCAGCCUGAGCGGGACUCUUGGACGAGCCAUGACUCAGCUCCAGCAGGAGAACCAAGAGCUCAGAACUCAGCUGCAAGCUCUAAGCCAACAAGUGGAACUUCUAAGUGGGAUGAGCAGUCAUAACGGCAAGAACCACCUCAAUGGCAUCCAAACCAAUCACUCGGAGCUCAAGGAGGUGAUCUACGGGAAGGCUGAGGCUCCCACUCAGAGUGUCAUCCAGACCUGCACGCCUGGGAGCCAGACACAGACCUACAGUGCCCACAGCGUUCACGUCAACACUGCAUCCAGCCCUGCGACGUUCUCCUCUUCCCCCAACUCCAGUAGUCCUCCGGUCCCUUCAAGAGUAUCUGCCAUCGUGACAGGUCCCAUGUCGAGCAGCAGCCCGUCCACUGGGCGCUUCUCCAGCCGAGCCACAUUUGCAGUGUCCAGCAAAACCAAUAGUAUUGAGCGAGAGGAGCCAAUAGAAGUGGACCCAGCUCCGACUCAUGCGGGCCUAGAGAACGGACACAUUGCGUCAACAGAACAUUCUUUGCUGAUACAUGGAAAGAUGUCUCCUCCCAAGGACUUCCCACAUGAGCACACAGCCUCAGUUGCCAUGCGGAUGGCCCACUUCCCCAUCACAGCAACCACCAAGACAGCAGAAAUCAAGACUCCAGACUCUCCCAGUAGCCCCACUUCUUCUCGUUCCUCUCCAGUCUCAGAGGCCUACCCUCCCAGCCAUUCAACUGCCAGCACCAUCCAGCCUCAACCAAGCGCAGAGUCCCCACUUCAACCAGUAUCUUCUGUAAAGACGUGGACCCCCACACCCAUUAGAGCUCUGGGAACAUCACGCCUUCAAGAGAAGACAGGUUGGGCCUCUGCUAAAACUGUGACUUAUGCAGGGCUACCUCAACAUAACAGACAACACAACAGACAUGACACUGAUGAAAGCAAAGAGAGAUCAUUUGGGUAUGGAGGAGAAAGGAAGCGAGAGCUGGUGAGGUCACAGACUUUACCAAGAAACAUUGGAGCUCAGGCUCGGCGUCCAGUCUUUGAGAAGUUGGACACAGACAUCACUAACAGUUGCCCCAAACUAGUGGAGUCCAAACCCAAACUGAAGCGCUCCCAAAGUUUUGGCGUUUCCAGUGCAAGCAGCAUCAAACAAAUCCUUCUUGAGUGGUGUCGCUCUAAGACCGUAGGCUACCAGAACAUAGACAUCCAGAACUUCUCAUCCAGUUGGAGCGACGGCAUGGCUUUCUGUGCUUUGGUCCACUCCUUCUUUCCCACCGAGUUCGACUACGAAUCGUUGUCACCGGCCAAUCGAAAGCACAACUUUGAACUGGCUUUUGGGACUGCAGAAGUGAAGGCUGGGUGCGACCGGCUAAUCGAAGUGGAUGACAUGAUGAUCAUGGGUCGUAAACCGGAUCCAAUGUGUGUAUUCACCUACGUUCAAUCCCUGUACAACCACCUGCGAAAGUUUGAAUGACACUCCAUAUUCACUGCAUAUUGGUGGCAUGACCUUUUCCAGCCCUCUUUUCCACUGCCACAUUGCCACUGAGCAUUAAGGCAUUUCCUCUCUGUCGAGGAAAGAAGUCAAAGAAUUCCAGACUGUCCUGCCCUCUUGUGGUAAAUUUGAGAACAUUCUUUCCCGUUUUGGAGGGCUAACAAAUAAUACAGGUUAGUUAGUGACAAUGCGAGUCAUUCAAUUCAAUGACAACACAUUCUUAAGUUUGUGAACUAUAUUUGGUUUGCAACAUAUUUGUUUCUUGUAAAACCUGUAUUAUUCCCACAUGUUGAGUAUGUUAACAUUUAACACUGCAGCGGAGGAGAUACAAUUCACAGCAUCGGUGAAGAACUGAAAUGUAGGCAAUCAUUUGUGAAUGCUUGAUUAUGAGAUGUAUUCAAACAAGAUAUAGAGAAUGCAAAAUGGAAUUUUUGUAAAAUGAGACUGAAUUAUGAGUUUUUUUCACACUGUAUGCUGAGAUAUUGAGUUGUAAUCCAUUUUUAAAAAACUGUCUUUGGAAUAGUAAGAAAUUCUUACAUUUCAUUUUCAGAUGUUACUUCUUAUCAAGUCCAACUUUCCCAAAAAUGAGCUGUGACAAAUUAGAUUUAAGAUUAGAUGUACUUGACUCCUCGCCGUAGAAAUUGUUACAGCCGCAUGAUAGCACACAGAAAAGGUAGUGAACAUGUUCACUCAAAUUGAAAAGAAAUUAAUUCAAUUUGAAACGCACGCAUGCAUGCACACACACACACACACACACAAGCUGAUUCCAUAAUAUAGGUACUUUAUGUCCUAUUUGACAUGAUUAAGCGUAAAUGUAUUCCGAGUGAUUUUGGUUAUUGUCAAGAAAAUGAUGAGAAAUGGCUUGAUAUCAGCUCUUAAAUUAAACUUUGUGAGCUAUUUUUGUUGUCAUCAUUAUAUUUGUCAAAACAGACGUACCUUUAGUUACACCAGGCAUUAAAAAUG